AUGGGGACCUGGAAGGAGACGGAGUCUCUGCUGGCCAUGGCCAGAACGUCGGCGCAGGAGACGAUCCCCGGGCACACCGCCUCCACGGCGGCCUUCGCCUGCUCGACGACAUCGAAGCCCUGCAGCGUCCGGUUGGGGCCGGCAUCCUUCUCGGCGGUGCUGUUGGUCGUCGUGUUCAGCAGCACCGAGGCAUCGCAGCCCUGCGACGAGGAGGAGAUCAGUAGAAAUGUAGGGAUAUUUAUACAGACUGACUAG